UAACCAAACAAAUUUUUUAGUGUACAUACUGCCGUUGACAAGAAAAGACCUAUCCCCAAACCAAUAUUAUACAACAAUCUCAAGUAUCUAAAAUGGCAGCAACAAAAUUGGAAAAAUACCACAAUGUGGUUGUUGAUUUAGUUAAAAAAUGUGGUGAUAUAUUCCGUCAGGGAUAUCACGAGAAUAAAGCUGAAUUUGAAACUAAAUGUGAUUUUUACGAUCUUGUUACGGUUUAUGAUAAACAAAUUGAAGUUCUAUUAGUUGAGGGUAUUAAGAAAGAAUUUCCCGAAUGUAAAUUUAUUGGCGAAGAAGAUUCGGCAGCGAGUAAAAUUCUACCUGAAUUGACAGAUGAUCCAACUUGGAUUAUUGAUCCAAUUGAUGGAACAACGAAUUUUAUUCGAAGAAUACCAUUGUGUUGUAUUUCGGUGGGGUUAAGUAUUAAAAAAGAGCUAGUAUUGGGAAUUGUUUAUAAUCCAAUAACUGAUGAGAUGUUCACUGCAUAUAAGGGAAAUGGAGCUUAUCUGAAUGGCAAAAAGAUAAGUGUGAGCAAUCGAAAAGCGAUAAAAGACUCCAUUGUUGCAUAUGAAAUAUCAAUGAUACAUUCAAAGAGAGUACGCGAUAAAAAUGUUAAAAGACUAACGAAAUUGGCUUCGAAUGCUACAGGAACACGAACUUUUGGAAGUGCAGCUGUUACACUUUGUUUACUAGCCAAAGGUAUAAUUGAUGUUUUUCAUGUUGAAGAUUUACAACCAUGGGAUAUUGCUGCUGGAGCUGUUAUAUUACGUGAAGCUGGUGGAGUUAUUGUUAAAAGUGAUGGUUCUGAAUUUGAUAUAAUGAAUCCAUAUAUGACUUCAGCUAGUACUCCGGAGCUUCUUACAGAUGUAAUGGCACUUAUAAAAGAAGCCAAUGAAAUCAAAAGUUAUACAAUUGAGUAAAUGGAAGUUUUAAUUUUUUAACUAUUCUUCUAAAAUAAAAGUUUUCCUUUAAAAUAA